AGCAGAGCAGAGGUAGAGUCCAGGAAGGAGUCCAAAGUAAGUCUGAGCACCUUUUCACCAGCAGUAUCUCUAGCUCUAGUGCGCUCAAGCUCUCGACUCAAGUGUGAGCUUUACUAACCAAUCAAAAGUGCCAGGAGUUUUUUGCGUAUACAUCCAUAAUAAUAAUAAUAAUAAUAUAUAUAUAUAUAUAAUUACAAGUAUGUAAAAACGUGUGCGUAUGCGUGUGUGACAAAGUAAGCUAUAGAUUAUACUAAUUUGUCGACAAGACACUUGACAAAGAGAGGGUACGAGAGGAGUUCCCGCGAGUUUUACAAGCGGCGUAUCGAUAAAUUACUCAAUCCUCUGUAAAUUUAGUCGAUUUAUAUAUUUCGAAAUUACAAAACUCUAUACUAGGUAUUGAGAAGACUAGACUAGUCAGCACCCACCAGCCAGCACCUAUCCAGUCACUAGGAGUUUGCUGUAAUUGUAAAAGUUGAUACCAAGUGAAGCAGUAGCAUCGAUCAAGUCAAGAGCAAGUGCCGAGUGGGUAUACUUUUAAUAGACCAUCAACCUGGUAAAUAAAAACUAGAGUAAUAAUCAGGUAUAUGAUAAUAUUAUAGUUUUUUAGGCCUCGGUAAUUUGUCCUCGGUGAAUAUAUUUAUUGUCUGGUGGUGAUUGUUUUGACUCGUGAGUCUUUAUUCGACUAUAAUGGUGUAGACGCGCGCAUCCUGUAUACACAAACCCACCAUUGUGAGUAAAAAAAAAAACGUCUUGAGUGAUCGCGCCAGCAAGUGAACAAGAAUAUAUUAUAAAUAUAAAAAAAAAGUAUAUUAUUAUAUGAGUAAAGGUUUUUUUGUCGCGGUGAUGUGAUGUGCAAUUACUCUCAUUAUCAAGUUUUACCGAUAAUUACUUGCAGAGUUUUAUUAUACGAGAGUGAGUGAAUGAGGUUGGAGACACACCUGGUGUCCAGGGCGAUGUCGAAGCAUCGCAGCAGCUGGGUAUCCAACAUCCUCAACUGGCAAUCAAUUGUACUGGAAAUUUGCAACAAAUUGGAGGAUAAUUGUCAUAAUUGAUUGAUUAUUAUUUGCAUCACACUGCGACGUUACAUUGAGCGACAGACUAUUUGUUGAAGCUGGGACUUGUCUGCUUGGUGGAUUUUAUAUAGAAAGUACUGCUGAGUAAAAAGAGGAUUUUUAUUGAGUGCUGAUCUAGUUGCCCGCCAUAGGACGGGUGGUUAUGUUUCCCACUUUCAUUGGAAUACUAGACAUACAAUCGUGGUGGGAGGUCCCGAGUAUAGCACACUUCUGCUCAUUAUUUAGGGCUGCCUUCAAUCUCCUGGACUUUGAUAUCGAGGAUCUAGAGGAAGCUCUGCUGACGGACGGUGGUGCUGAAGGACGUCUAGUGCAAGAAUUAAUUGUCAGACUGCUCGAGGGCUGCUUGCCCAACGAUACUCGCAAUGAUAUCUCAACAUUUAACUAUCAGAUGUUUUUACGUCGGCUUUUUCGCAAGAAAUGCCAGGAAUACAACUGCGAAAAUCCAUUUAACACAGAUGUAGAUUUUGAACUUUUACCAUUACGACAAAAAGUUGAAAUAUUACGCGCCCUCUGCGACUUUAGGCUUGACGCCGAGGACGUGGAGUGUGCGCUAAGCAACUUGGACUCUGACAGUCUGAGAGUAGAACCCUUGGGACAUGACCGUAAGAAUUCCGCUUAUUGGUAUUUCUACGGGACCCGACUUUACAGAGAGGAUUAUAUUGAAAACACAGAGGUCGGUGAUACAAUUACGCAGCGUCAAAGGGGUCGACCGCGUGAUCGUAAACGUAAACGACGACAGUGCAGAUCGCAGGAGGAGAACCUGGUGGAAGAAGAAGAAAAGGAGAAGGAAGUUGAUGAUUAUUUAGAUAUAAAUAUCGGUGUUAAAACACGUGACACUGUCUGGCAAGUUAUCUGCUUCACUCAACAGGAUUGGACGAGACUCGUUGACAAGUUUCGAAACUCGGAAUACGACACUGAACGCAAGCUCUAUCACACACUUGCUGAGGAUUUUCUUCCCGAGAUACCAAAGCUUUUUGAGCUCAAGGAAAAGCAGCAGCGCCGUCGUCUGCUUGAACGUAACAACUCACGUGUACUUCACAGUCCAGAACCGGUUAAACAAUUAGAAGAAACAAUAAUGGUACGCGCUAAAAUAAAAACAAAGGUCGGAAAGAGUACGAAAAAGAGCGGGCAGAGUUCUAAGGGCGGUGACAGUGAAGAUGAAGCUCCGCCGCCAUUAGUUUCACCACCACCACCACCGCCGCCGCAAAAAAAAGGACGUCAGACAAAUAAUUCAUUGGCUUCUGCUGUUGGACAGAUUGUAAUUCAUACGGGCGAUGAAGCUGACAAGGUGGCCAAUAAAAAAGGUGUAGGUAGACAUGGAGUGAGCAGUUAUGUUGCCCCUGGUUAUCCUUAUACAUUUGGAAUUGAGGAGGAAGAAAGACGUGUGGGUAUGUACAAAGUACUCGAGAGUAUUAAAGAUCAUGACGACGCCUGGCCGUUUACUGAUCCUGUUGAUGAGGAGUAUGCGCCUCGAUAUUACAGCGUUGUACGGAAACCCAUGGACCUUAAAACAAUGGAGGAAAAACUCGAGAGUGGAUCGUACAAAACUGUUUAUCAAUUUAAACGGGACUUUAGUUUAAUUGUAGAAAAUUGCCGACAAUACAAUGGCUCGGAGAAUGAGUAUACGGAAAUGGCGGUUAAUUUAAAAGAAGCAUUUGAGUGCGCGAUUGAACGAUAUCUGGAGUCUGAACCCUCAAGCGAUGAGUGUCCGGCUCCAAAAUCUCCGACUGCUGUGUCUGCUUCCGCGUAUCCUUUGCGUACUAAUACGUCAGCUGCGGCAAUCGCGAACUCGCGAAAACGAUAUAAAAAAUCAAAUAAAAAAUCUAAAUCAAACAAGACGGAUAAAAAAACGAGGAAAGGUAAAAAUCAUAAUGAUGACGAUGAGGGUGAUGAUGAAUUUUUUGAUGAGGAUGAGGAUGAUGCUGGCGAAGAAGAGCAAGUUCUCGAUGCUAAAAGUUCGAGAGACAAGAGAGCAAAAAAACGAUCAAAGAGUAUGAAAGAACGGGCGGAAACUGAAGAUGAUCAAGAUGAUGAUGAUGAUGAAGGUGCAAUAUUGGAAAAUACUGUGAUAAAAUCAAAAAGAAAAAAAUAUGAGGAUAGUAAAUUAUUACCGAAAAGUAAACGUUUGUCCGCCAAAGAUGAUAAAGAGUUUAAAGAAGUGAAGGAAGAUACGAAAAAAAAUAGUCCAACUGCGGGUAAUAAAAAAGGACAGAAAGAUUUGUCAAUUAAAAAUUCAAAAGAUCAUAAGGAGAAUCGUGGUAAGAAGAAAGAUAAUUUUGAAGAACAUCAUGAACCUUUGGAAAAUGUCAAAAGUAAAAGUAAGAGAAUUGAAAAAAAAAGUAAUGAAAAAAGUGGGAGCGCCGUACAGCAUAACGAUAAAGUAAAAAAAGGUAAACAGAAAAAACAAAUUGAGUCUGAGGACGACAGGUAUUCGGAUAUCGAGGAAAAUGGUAAGCAGGCUACACUGGAAAAGAAAAAAAGUAACAAUAGUAGCAGUAGUAAUAGUAAUAAAGAUAAAAUUGAUCAGCGAAUGAGGCGAUCGGACGAUAAGUACGAGGCGAAAAGUCCUACGCGAGUUAAAGAUAAGAAAUCUAAGAAGAAAAAUGAUGAACGAACGAAAAACGGUAAAGUCAAUAAUGAUUGUGGAAAAGAUCGAAAAAAGGAAACUCCAGAAGUACCGUCAGUUAAAUUUGAUUCUUCACUGAGCGACAAAGAUCUCGAGUCGUUGGACAGUUUGAAGGAUCGAAUAAGUGAGCGCAGUAGACGUGAGGAGAAAUUGAAACUCGAGCGAGAAAAGCUCAAGAAAAAUUCAAAGACUUGUAAUUUGGAUGGAUUCCACAAGAAAAAUGUGCCUUCUAAUGGUAAUACCUUUCACGACGGUGAUAAGGUCAAUAUUAAGCGAACAAAAGUUAAGAAAGUUGGUAAAGAUAAUAAGAAGGAGGAGAAAAAUCAACAGGUUGAUGUUAAAAGUAGUGGUAAGAUGACUAAAUCAAAAGGAUCGAGGGUUGAGAGCCCGGCGAUUCAAGCUUUAAAUCAAGCCACAGCGCAGACUUUAAAUGAUAUAAAUAAAUGGCUGGACGAUGCGCCACCGAUUGAGGAAUUUAAUUCGAAGAGCGAAUCUCCUGUUUUACAGCCAUCAACUAGCGAGCCACCGCGUGUUGGUCCGGCUCCAGUUCCGGCUCCCAAAGUUCCUGAUGUAAUACGAAAACGCCCAGCUACAAUGAAGCUUUUUGGCCCGCACGGCCCGCCAAAACCAAAAAAAGUCCAAAGAACAAUCGAUCGACUGCAACCGGGCAAGAGUAAGGGUAAUCUUUUAUUAAAGAAACCUAUUGGUAAUAGCAGUAGUGGUUCUGAUGUUACGACCAAACAAUCAAACUCAGACGCCAAUAAGUCUAACCGUGAAAGCUCUGAUGGACCAAAAUUGAGCUUAGGUUCAGUUCUAAAGAACGCCGAUUCUAUUCAGCUGAUUUGCAAGUCUCUGGUGUCUUCGCCGAGUGCUCAUUUGUCUAAUGAAGACGAGGAUGAAGAUCGUCCGGCAUUACUGAAUUCCACGACGGCAUUAAAGGAAGAUAAGUCUAAAGAAUCUAUGCAGGAAGCCGUUACUCCAAAGACUCAGGUCGAAGCGACAAAUGACACAAAAGAAUCUGAAGAACCACAAAAACCUAAAUCAGCGACUCCGAAUUUGAGCGCUUGGUUUAAGGCUUUCGGUGCGCCAAAGUCAAAGAAAAAAGAGGAAGAGGUUGAAGAAGUUGCGGUAAAGAAAGAAGAGACGCCUGAAGUUACUUUGCCACAUCGACAACGAAGGCACAGUGCCGGUGGCAGCAGUGUCAGUGAAUCGGUGUCUAGUUUUUCACAAGAAUCACCACCGGGACUGAGUGUAAGAUCACCGCAGACGCAAUCGGCAAUAACUACGCCAGGAAUUGAACAACCAGUUCGUGCUGGAUUUUAUCAAGAUGCUCUGUCAACUGGUAGCAGUCCUUACAACAGUCCUUACUACACAACACCACCGAGAUACAGUGCACAGUUACCUCCUACACCGUCACCACAGAACCAUCCACUGUCACCUGCGUAUCCAUCUUCAGCAGCUUACGAUCAAAGUCCCCUGUAUCCUCAAGCAUCACAUCAAGCUUAUCAGAAACCUGCGAGUAAUGAAAAUCCAAAUGAAAAUUACAAUUUCUAUCCCCAAAAUUCACCUCAAGGUGACGCUUACCAGCAGCAAUUAUCAAAUAGUCCAAAACCAUCACCAGUUUAUCCUCAACCGUCACCUCAAUCGGUACCAGUUUAUCAGAAUUCACCUCAACCUACACCCCCAAAUUAUUCUCAACAUUCACCUCAACAGCCACCAACGCCAAAUUACUCUCAAGCAUCACCUCAGCAGCCUGCUGCUAAUUAUUCACAGCCAUCACCACAACAACCAACUCCACCGAGUUACUCACAACCGUCACCCCAACAACAGCAGCAACACUCUCCGUACUCACAUCAAACAUCACCUCAACCGCCGGCAAAUUAUUCACAACCUUCUCCUUCUCAACAAUCGAACUCUUCGUACUCUCAACCAUCACCGAAACCACCACCUAGUUACUCGCAGGUCUCUCCGCAGCCUCCGGCGUCUUACUCUCAACCGUCACCUCAAUUCAACCAAUCGGCUGCACAACCACCUCCUAGUUAUUCACAGACAUCACCUCAACCAAUAGCCAAUUACUCUCAACCAUCACCGCAGUCUCUUAAUUUUUCCCAGCCAUCACCACAACCUCCAAAGUCGUACACUCAACAUUCGCCCCAACCACCGCCUGCUUACUCGCAGCCGUCACCUCAAAGUCUGAAUUAUUCUCAACCAUCACCCCAAACACCUCCAAGUUAUUCCCAACCAUCCCCACAAACUCCACCAAAUUACUCUCAGCCAUCGCCACAGGCGCCGCCGAAUUACUCGCAGCCAUCACCACAAGCGCAGCCAAAUUACUCUCAACCGUCGCCGCAGGCGCCUCCAAAUUAUUCCCAACCAUCGCCGCAGGCGCCUCCGAAUUAUUCUCAGCCAUCGCCGCAGGCGCCUCCGAAUUACUCUCAGCCAUCGCCGCAGGCGCCUCCAAAUUACUCUCAACCGUCACCACAGGCACCACCAAAUUACUCUCAACCGUCACCUCAGGCACCACCAAAUUACUCGCAGUUGUCACCACAGCAGCCGUCAACGACUCCUGGACCAACAUAUUCGAGUCAACCUUCGCCACAGCCGCCGAGAAAUUACUCCCAGCCUUCAUCACAAGUCUCGCCGUGCUUACAACCGGCUUUGAGACAGCCGACAAAUUAUCCUCAGCAAUCACCUAGACAAACAGCUCCGACGCAAAUUUACGUACAGCCUGAAAAAACUACCACCGAAGAAUAUCAAUCAACAGCUGCACCACCUUCUUAUCCACAGGGAAUAAAAUCAAAUCAUAUAUCUUACGCACCGACGACUGGUGUUCCAGCCUCAGGUAUUUCUGAACCCGACAGACGAGCUUCUGAAUAUUUUAAACCUGAAGAUAAGCUUCAAUCAGACUCGCCACUUGGAUUAAACAGCAACCAUCAAGUGUAUCAUCAGACGAAUCAAUUUUCCCAACUUUAUUCAAACAAUUUUCCACUUAAUGAGAGAGUAACUUGUCCACCGACUGCUACAGAUUCUCAGAGAUCUACCACAAGGAUAAGCACUCCUCAAGAAUCUCAACAGCAACAACAGCCACAGGAACGAGUUUACGAUAACACAGAAACUCUUAAAUACAGUCAGCAACGUCAGGACCAACAGCUGCUAGCAUUCCAACAGAAUCUACCCGGUCACGAUACGAUUUAUCAGUCGACUGGUGGUUUUCAAUCGGCGCCUUACCCGAUGCCCAACGCGGCAUGUCGAUCAGUAUAUUCAAGUUCUCAUUACUACGACACGAGUACCAAACCCGGCGCACCACCGACCAGUGUCGCUUCAACACUACCUCCUGUAAAGAAGCGUAUGUACAACGAACCCUCUGGUGACACAUCGAGGAAUUGUAUUCCACAAGAGUCAAGAUCGGGACAAGAGCAAUACGGAUACGAUCAAAUGAUACCCCUGUCAACUUCUGAAUCAUCAAUCGUAUCCGGGCAAUACGACGGUACCAGUUAUGUUACUUUGGCUGACUCAGUGGCCAGCAAUCCAGCAUACGCAAGAUUAAGUUUAGGUUUAGUAGGCCGAAGUCCCAAAGAUCAACAGCAAUUACUAUCGAUACCCAGGCCAUCGAGCAAAGAUUCUCUUGUCUACGCUCGAACUCCCGGUGCAUCGGAGUAUGAUUUAAAUCUGCUUCAGAGUAUGCAAGGCACAAAAGGAAUGACAUCGUCUGUUCCAGCGCCACGACGUGAACCCGCUCCAGUCGCCGCACCAGCUCCCAAGCCCAAGAAAGGUCGCAAGAAAGCUGCGGCAGCUGCCGCCGCUGCUGCUGCUGCUGCUGCAGCUGCUCAACAGCAACAGCAACCACCACCUACCGGUUUACCCGAUCAGUCAUCAACGAUUCCUGGAUUCCCGCAGUAUCCAGCCAACCCAGCGGACAUAGUGGGAUUAAAAAACACUCCCGUGCCCCCUGGAAGCGCUUUCAACUUUACCACACCCGUCAGUGCUGCCAAUAGUUCGCCUUUCUACGACAAAGACGCCUCAGCAGCAGCCGCUGCUUUUGCUUUCCUCGAUGAGUUCCGAAAUCCCAGUUACUACAGUAUGCUACGGCAACAGCAACAGCAACAGCAGCAGCAACAACAACCCCAGCCCCCGACGACGAUAAACGAGUCGACUCAGCAGGCCAACAAAUUGAAUAACCAACCGAGAAAUUAUCCUCCCCACCCGUUUUUACACACUACCCAAAGAUCCGCAGCCUACGGACCUCCAGUUUCGCCUUACGUUAAUCCUCACGCUCCCAAUCUAAGUGUUGAUCCAGCAGCUUAUCAACAGUACCUACAUUCCUUCUACGCUCUUCAGCCAUCAUCUCAUCAUCGCUCCUGGCUAUAGUAUUCAAAGCCACUUAAUUAAAUAGAUAAUAAUUAUUUUUAUUUAUAUUUAUUAUUUAAUAAUUCAUCAUUUAUCUACUGUACUCUACUUUAAUUAUUUCUUUUCUUACAUUUUUUAUUUACGAGACAAAAGUAUGACCAGCUCUCUAACAACCACACGAUAACGUAAGCUGACUUUUUUUUUUCAUUUAUUUUAUAAUUGUAAUUAUAGUUUUUUUUUUUUAUACUUUGAUGAUUACUGAGAAGUUGCAUUUACGAAUUAAAAAAAAAAAAAAAAAAAAAA